UCCAAAUGUCAGUUAACGUCAAAGUAUUUCAUGUAGUCAUAAGAAAUAUGAAUCAUAAUUGGUUAUGAUCAUAGAGCGCGCGCUCGGAGGACGCAACAGGUCGCGCGUACAGUAGAGCUGUAGUUUCCGCGUGCAUUUGGCUGACGUAAUUAUGACAUUUGUGCAAGAAUUUUACGAGAUGCAUUGUAGCAUGAAUCCAAAUGCUAGCUAAACACUUUAUUGUGUUUUGGCAUUUAUAACAUUUUUAAUAAUAAAGUCUAGAGUUUUGAUACAAAUAAUAUAAUUAUAUAAAUGACAUAUGUAAGGAAUUUGUGCUGUGAAAGCCAAAAAAAAAAAAAGAAAGAAAGAAAGAAAAGAAAAAAAGCAUGCACAUCAUGAAAUACAUCAUACUGAAGAGGACAAGGAUGGUUUUCUAAAAUAAAUACUAUGACAUAAAUUAUGCUUCUGAAAUGCACUCACUUGAAAACAUGACACAUCUGUAUUAUAGACAAUCAAAACGUUGUAGAUAAUCAUUCAGAUUCUAUUUUCUGGCCUAAAUUUUAAUAAUACAGUGAUGCCGUUGACAUGAGAAUGACAUAUUAAACUUAAUGCAGGCCUGUUGAAUGCAUUACUUUAUGGAGCUAAAGUUUGCAGUCAUGUUUGAGAUUAACUUAAAAAGGCAAUCGCAUAACUGAGAAUAUGAUAUUAUAAAAAAUAUAAUGCUUAACCAAAUGCUGUGAAAGCCAAAAAAAAAAAGAAGGAAAGAAAAGAAAAAAAGCAUGCACAUCAUGAAAUACAUCAUACUGAGGAGGACAAGGAUGGUUUUCGAAAAUAAAUACCAUGACAUACUGAAAUGAACUCACCUGAAAACAUGACACAUCUGUAUUAUAGACAAUCAAAACGUUGUAGAUAUUCAUUUAGAUUCUAUUAUCUGGCCUAAAUUUUAAUAAUACAGUGAUGCCGUUGACAUGAGAAUGACAUAUUAAACUUAAUGCAAGCCUGUUGAAUGCACUAAAGUUUGCAGUCAUGUUUGAGAUUAACUUAAAAAGGCAAUCACAUAACUGAGAAUAUGAUAUUAUAAAGCAAUAUAACACUAUAUGAUAACUAACAUUCGGUCCUCUGCCAGAUUUUUGGCAACAGGCGCCAAGAAAUAUGUUAAAAAUGUCAUUCAGUGCUUACUGUAUACUGUAUCUCAGUCUUGAACGCUCUUACCUGGUGUCUAAUUAUUAAAUACUCAAUACUGAGACUGAGAAAAAAAGGUUUAGGGGAACGCCUUAAAACUUGGGGGUGUAAGGGAAAGGAGGGGUAUAUGCAUGAGUAGGUGGUGUUCUGCGUUAUUUGAAUGCAAAUGCAGAGAGAACAAGCCGAGGCUGUGUUUGAGAGAGAAACGGGGAAAAAGAGGUGGAGAGUUGUCUUUGGAUUUUAGUUAGACACUGAAUAGACAUAGAUUUAGUUUGCCAAGUGCUUAGUUCACUUUUGAGACAUUGCUUGCUCAUGUAUGCACUUGGCAUUUGGCCUUGUAGCUCUCUAUAUAAAUGAAACAUGGAUUUUUGAUUGUUUCUCAGAACUGAUGCCGUGAGAUUUGCUGUAAUUUAGUUUAAAGAGAAAGAUUUUCACUCAUGGGCCAUUUAGCCAUUGACUUUCCCCUGCAUCAUGUCACGCCGGAAACAAAAAAGACCUCAGCACUUUUUCAGCCCCAUCCUCAACACUUCGUGGCUACUUCAACAUGAGGAGCAGUUGGCAGUGAAGUCCCUCACCUCUACUCUUGCAAAGAACUCUUCCUGCUCUUCCUCAUACUCAACUCAAAGCUGCCAAUCAACCUUAAUCCCAAGUCCACCAAUUGAGAGGCUCACAACACCUUCUCUGACCAGACCAAACCAUCCUAUCUUUCACAUCCCCUGCCAUCCCAUACAAUUUCCCUUAAACCUAACAGAGUCUCAACUUUCCCAUAUCCCUGACAUCCCAUCCCAUUCUACUAAUCAGCCUAUCACUAGCACUGCACCAGCUGUGCUCUCUACCCAAAACCACACUCACUCACCCAUGGCUUCUCCAAAGUUAGGCGUGUCAGCAACCACAACCUCUUCUUCAUCCUCCUCCACUGCUGCCUCUCUCUGUGUGCCUCCAUAUCCUGGAAGCCCCAGUUCUGUGCCUCAGGGUCCCCCAAGUCCAGUUACACCCUCUUCCAGCCCAAGCACAGUCCCUUCAGCCCCGGCAUGUGCACCCGUCAGUAUUGCUUUCAUCUUGGAGGAACUACGUGUGCUGCAGCAGAGGCAAAUCCAUCAAAUGCAGAUGACAGAGGAAAUCUGUAGGCAAGUAUUGAGACUGGGAGGAGGAUCUUGUGAAGUGGAUUCAAAGCCUUUCAUACUACCAUCGCUGCCACAGCUCUGUUUAAAAAGUUCUGAUAACAACCCCAGACCCUCCCGACCAAAGUCAUCACCUCCCCCUACCUCUGUGGCUCCUCUUUUGGCCUGUUUCUCAUCUCUGCUACCCCCUCAGACCACUUCUAAAUCCUCUAAACAUGCCCACCCUCUCUUGAAUGUCUUACGCCCCCAUAAGGCACAGUAUGACAGUGGGGUAGUUACUCCAGCAAACUUCACCAAUCAUACAAGUGCUGCCACAUCCUCAUCAAUUUCCACACCUGCUGCCUCAAACUAUCCACUCACUCUUUCCCUUGGCCUAUCAUCUCAAAAAUCCUCUAACACCACAGGAGCCAGUGGAAACAGUAGUCUUACCUUCCCAAACCAAUCUCUCCCAGCAGCUGCUGUCUCUUCUGCCCCCUCACAGGAUCCAAAACUCUCUGCUCAAGGAAGUACAUCUGUCUUAUCGUCGGGACGCAUGCAGCACGCAUGCCGAUUUUGCCGGAAACUCUUCAGCAGUGAUUCAUCCCUGCAAAUACACUUGCGUUCCCACACAGGGGAGCGUCCUUACCAGUGCCCUGUAUGUUUCAGUCGAUUCACCACAAGAGGGAACCUCAAGGUCCACUUCUUGCGCCAUCGUGAGCAAAACCCUGAACUAUCGUUUUCGUUGUUUCCCUGCUCGCUUUUUGCAUCUGUAACUGGGGGAUCAAUGGGAGGAUCAGCACAAAAACAAACCAUCACCUCCACAAAUACAAAUGCUAUUCAGAAGCAUCAGAAACAGCAAGAGGAUGAUCUGUGUGGUGACAGUCUUGAGGGCACUACUGCCUCAACACGUGCCACAACCUCAUCUCUGCCUCCUAGUAUUGAUUUGGCUCUGCUGACCACUGCACACUCUCUCCUUCAACUCAACCGUGCUGCUGCUGCUGCGGCUGCUGCAGCGUCCACAUCCACUACCUCCUCAAUAACAUCUUCAUCAUCAUCCUCUCUGGCCUCCACCCUUCUUUCAUCUCCUGCCUCAUCCACCUCCUCCAUUGCUGGGGUAUAUAAAGGAGUGAAGCAACAGUGCUUUGAUGAGAACACCCCACCUAUACCUACUCUGCUCCCCCAUUCUGCUUACUCACAGCUCGCCAACUUACCCAAAAUCUUCUUCCCAGCAUCUUCCACUCACCAUCUUCCAGGCCAUGGGUUUCUCAGGCAGACAACUCCAACCGGGUCAUUCCUGCCAUCCCCGCAACAGCAUAUCCCAUUCCCAUUCACAGCUUCAUCCACUGCCCCUUCCAUCUCGACCCCAACCUCGGACACAUCAAAGCUGCAGAGACUGGUGGAAAAGUUAGAGAAAGAACCACAUAGUCAUUCACACUGGGUUUCAUCCAUUGGGGAGACUUCUACCAGCAGCCACAGUGUAGCAGGUGCAUUAAGCUAUAGCAGCAGUGGUUUAAUGAGCACAAGCACAUUCAGUACAAAUGUGGUCACCUCACUUCCAUCAUCUACAAUCCAAAUACCAUCAUCCCUCUUCAGCAAGGAGUCACCUUACCUGGGACUUAUGAACUCUGCUGGGACACUUGCUCCAAAUCAGUGUAGCGUGUGCCUGCGGGUGUUAAGCUGCCCAAGGGCGUUGCGUUUGCACCAGGCUACUCAUUUAGGUGAGCGACCAUUCCCCUGCAAGCUAUGUGGUCGUUCCUUCUCAACUAAAGGAAGCCUUCGAGCACACCUUGCCACCCAUCGAGCCCGCCCACCAAACAGUCGUGCCCAGAAUUCUUGCCCCUUAUGCCAACGGAAGUUUACCAAUGCCCUUGUGCUGCAACAUCAUAUCCGCAUGCAUUUAGGAGGACAGCUACCACCAGAGGACAUGCCUGAUACUUCAACAGAAUGUGAUACUUUGUCCCAUUCCCAGUCUAUUGAGCUCUCUGCUUCAGAGAUAAGCCCUAGCACGGACGUUCAGUUACUACAUGAUGAUCUACAAUCAGUUUCAGAUUCUAGAUAUAUCGAAUCCCUUGCUGUGAGCACUGCUCCCACGGUAUGUCCCGUAACCUCCAGCCUACCUGCUUCAUUUAGCUCAGGUCGUAUACCAGGUUUCGACCUAAGCCCUGACCCCUCUUUGAAUCCAACCCCCCAUUCACCUCCAACAUUCAGACCUGAUCCCCCUGAGCUCUCUCUCAGUGUAUCUUCUCCAGUAGAAUCUGCUGCAUCCCAUGUCCCUCCUGCCACCCAGUCAGCAUCAGCAACAACUGGUCCUUCUGCAAAUAAUGAACUAUCUUUUGAACUUUCCAGUAACACUGCCUCCUUGGAAGAUAAAAAGAUUUCUGCUCUAAUGAAAGCCAGUCCACAAAGAGAUGACUGUGAACUCAGUGAAAAUACAUCUCGCUCACCUAUUUCUUGCUCUGGAUCCAGAUCAAAUCUGGAGGAUCUUCUUGGUAUACAAGCUCAAAAUGCAUCCAGGGUUCCUCGGCCACAUCAAACAUCAACACCACCUUCUCUUCUUGCGCUGAGAUCUGAGAGUGUGUCUUCUCAUACAGUACGCCUAGAGGAGCCUGACCAAAGCCUUGUCCAAACAUCCAAAUCAAUCCCCCAAGAGGAAGAAAAGACAGAUGAUAAAAUACAUAAAACACCAAAGAAUGGUCAAAGGGCAACUCCAGAUUUGAGUAUUAAUGCAGAUAUGGUGUCAGACACUGUAGACAAGACAAAUGAGGAUGCAGCUGAGACUGAGGAGCCUGACAUACAUGUGCAGAACAUCAUAAAGGAAACUCAAUCUAGUUCAACCGCAAAGGAUAAAGUGGACCUUAAAGAUACAACAGGAACUGAAAUGGACAAAACAGACUCAACUGUGUGCAUAUCCCUGACUCCCAGUCUUCCACCUCCCAUGCCAGAGAAAAAAAUCUACCACUGUUCUGAAUGUGGAAAAGAGUAUGCAAGUCGCAGUGGACUCAAGGGACAUAUGAAGCACCAUGGAGGAGUUGUCAAGGCACCUCGAGCUCCUGCAAGGACCAAGGGCCCAGAGAGAGUGUCGCAUCAUGAGCGCUCACAAACUCACCACCUUGCAAACUUCCUGCCACCGGGACAUCAAUGAGUUUUUUUAAACCAAGCCCUCCAAAACUUCAGCAAGCAUCAGAGAGCUCUCCACAAGGAUCUGUUAAAGAAAUCAGAGACAGUGUUGAGAUCAAUCUAAUAGUUGACAUGAAGAAGGAACUUAUGAAGGAUAAUUAUGGACCAUAAUUCUAGACUGUUCACCAAAAAACAAACAAACAAACAAACACCACACACAAUACUGUCUGUACACAAAGUAAUCACAUCAUAGAGGGUCUUAACUUGGUUUAAAAAAAAAAUGUUCCUGAUCUUUUAUAUUAAAAUACCUGCAUUGUGUAUUUUAAUAUAUGUAACAAUGUCUAAAUAUAUCUUAUAGUACUUCCUUGAAUAUUAUGUGAUGUUCUUUUUGAUGAAUGUAAAUUAUUUUGUCUGUGCAAGGUUGUCAUGAUGGUUUUUAUUUACUCUUCCAAAGUUAAGAUCUGAAGGUAGCUAAGGAUUUGAACAAUAGCUUUGGGUGAGAAACAGAGCAAAAUUUCAAAAGCCAAUGAUGACAAUUGACUGGUUCCUCACUAAAAGUUAUUGUAUUGGUGUACUAUUUCUUUAUUAAGGAUGGUAAAAUGUGUAGGGGGUGCGUUUCAUAUUAAGAAGAAUACUGAUUAAUCAUUUCAAAUGUACUAAAAACGGAUUCUAAGAAAGUUUUUAGGGCGGUCAUGCACAAAGUGGACAAUGUUAUUAACCUUUGGCCAAAAAUUCAAUUUUCUUAAUAAGCUCAAAUGUUUUAAAAAGCUUAGCACAGAUAGUACAGCUGGAGCCCAGAGGAAAUACAUAUACAAUUGUUUUCCUAGAUCCAACCAAGUGUGAACCAGUGUUUUUGACAAGCUGAUAUUUAAAACACUUUACAUUAGAUAAAUUCACAUGAUAUAUUCUUUACUUGUACUAAAUCAUCAGGCUUUUACUUUUAACAGCUGAAAAGCACCAAAACACCAGACUGUAAAUAUGACCUGUCAACCUAUGUCCAUUGUGUCCAUGUUUGUCCUGUCCAGCUGUACAGUACUAGACAAUAUACUGCUCUUAACACCAACUAGUCUAAAGAGUGGGGUAAGAUUGUUUAACAUGCCUGUAUGUUAGUCAGUGUAAGCUCUUGUUACUUUAAUAUUGUCAGUGUAGCUAUUGAAAAAGGUAGAAUUUGACUGAUUCUGAGAUGAACCACUAUCUAGCUUAAAAGAUAACCCUUUCUAUAUUUCUUGGUGGAAAUGUUUGUUUCUAUGGUGAUGUUUGUUCUUUGUCUGGAUACUUUUACAUGUAUCUUCCAUAGAAAUGAAUUGGGUGUAUGAGUUUGACUGUGAGUUGUAAUUUCAUGGUACAGCUAAAAGAUAAAAAUGGAAAUAAAAAACUGUGUAUACAUGA